UUUUUGUUUACAAUUGUUGAACAUAACCAAACUUCCAGUCAAGCGUUAUUCUGGAAAAUGUGUGCGUCGGUAAUUGGUGAUUUCGUGAAAAACUUGCACUUAAUGACCCUCCCGACGCCCCUCUGGGCCGUGCACAUUGACCCCAAGGAGCAGUUCCUGGCCGUGUUGCACGUCAAGCCCCACUGUGAUAAAGUGGUCAUUGAUAAGGGGGUGCUCCUGACUUGCGAUAGCGGCACUUUAAAGACUUCCGUGUCGUUUCGUGACGAAAUUGUGCAACUCCCGAGCUCAGCGUCCAAAAUUGAGACAAUUUCCGAUCUAACAAGUCUCAUUUAUUCGCUCCAUGAUGUGCGGUUUUGUCUGAACGCCGAUUUGGGGCUCGCCAGGUGUGCGAAAUUUGUGCUGGGCGGGGGCGCAGACUUGUGCGAGUUUUGCUCGUUUGAAGUUUUUAGUGCUGCGAGGGAAGAGCAGUCCCUCUCGUUCAUAGAUAGCCCCCUUUUGGACAGUGGUGAGGACAAACGUAAGGAAAAACAGUAUUUGUGCACAGUGUGUGGCAAGACGUUCAAUUGCUCGUCCGGGUUGGAGCACCACAUGCUGACACAUGCGCCCCCCGAUGAUAAGCCCUUCAAAUGCAAAGUUUGCACUAAAGCCUUUGCCAAGAAAUACAACUUGAAUGUGCACGCAAGGGUCCAUUCCGGUGAGAGGCCGUAUAUUUGCAGCCAAUGUGGUAAAACUUACUCGACUCGGAGCAACCUCUCGACUCACAUAAACAGCACUCACUGUGAUGAGAAAAAGCACCAUUGCAAGCUCUGCGACAUGUCUUUUGUCCACCCAAGAGUGCUGAGGAUUCACAUGAGGAAACAUACAGGGGAGAAGCCCUUCAUGUGCCAGGUUUGUGGUAAACUUUUUUCCAAAAAUAUUCAUUUAACGAUUCAUACGCGGACACAUACGGGCGAACGGCCCUAUGUGUGUACGAACUGUGGGAAGGGUUUUACAACAACGGGCAAUCUUAGUAAGCACAAAAAGAUCAGUCAUCAAGUGUGAGUAAAAUCACACAUCAGUUCACAAAUAAUAAAUGUUUUUCGUA